AUGAAUCCAAAGGCCAACAGAGAAAAGAUGAUAUAAAUCAUGUUCGAAACAUUCAACGUGCCAUCAUUCUACGUUUCUAAUCAAGCUGUGCUCGCACUCCAUGCUUCAGGAAGAAUAACUGGUAUUGUUUUAGAUUCUGGAUUUGGGGUCACUCACACAGUCCCAAUCUAUGAAGGUUAUAGUUUUUCACAUGCUAUCCACAGAAGUGACUUAGCAGGAAGAUACUGCACUGAAUAUUUGGCUAAAAUCUUGACUGAAUUGGGUUAUAGCUUUACAACUUCAGCAGAAAUGGAAAUUGUUUAAGAAAUGAAAGAGAAAUUGUGCUAUGUUGCUCUUGACUAUGAAAAGGAAAUGAACAUUUAUAACGAGAGUGCCGCCAAAAACAUUGCCUAUGAAUUACCAGACGGAAACAUUCUUUUAAUCGAAAAUCAAAGAUUCAGAUGUCCUGAAUUACUCUUUUAACCAAGCCUCAUUGGUCUUGAAGUUUCAGGUAUCCAUCAAUUAAUUUUCAAAUCAAUUAUGAAGUGCGAUAUUGACGUCAGACAGAAGAUGUACGAAUUUUAAAUUUAAAUCUUAGUUACGCUAAUGUUAUCAUGUCAGGAGGUACAACUUAGUUCGCUGGAAUCAAAGAAAGAUUGAGCAAAGAAUUAAUCUCGCUUGCCCCAUCAUCUAUGAAAAUUAAUAUCUUUAAUGCAUUUGAGACUGAUUUCCCAGUAUGGUAAGGUGGAUAAAUGUUAUCAGAACUCCAGAGCUUCGGAUCAAUGUGGAUCACAAGAAGCGAGUAUGAUGAAUGUGGUCCAACAAUUGUUCAUAGAAGGUGUUUCUGA